GCUCUUCCAAUUCGACCCGAGACCUAAAGACGAUCAGUUCCCGGAAGUGACGCCUUACUGUUGGUGAAAGAGUUAAUGGACGCUGCUCGUGACGUUGCUGGAAAAUGGCUGGAUGAGCACCAUGGACCAGAUAUUUAUGGCAGGUUUCACUGUGUAACAAUAUAAUAUCUUUAUCAUGCAACCCUUCAACCACUGCAAAUAUCUACUGGAGAAACUCAACAAUCAACGUGAGCGUGGCUAUCUUUGUGACUGCACGGUCGUGAUUGGCCGUUCGCAGUUUAAGGCCCACAAGAAUGUCCUGGCAGCAUUUAGUGAAUACUUUGCAGCUCUAAGCGGUGUACCUACAGUGAGUAGCAUCACUUUUCUGGACCCCACACUGGUGACUGAGCAUGUGUUUCAGAACCUGCUGGAUUUUCUCUACACUGGAGACAUAGACAUUAAUGGAUGUAAUGUGGCGCAAAUACUCCAGUCUGCCACAUACUUGAGAAUAGAGAGUUUGCUUGCAAGAUGCAAAGGUUUUCUUGAAACACCACCAAUCACUGAGGCCAAACCUCAGUCAGAUGAAAUUGUACCUGUGACUGAUGAUCCUGUAACUGCUGUUGAGCACAGUGAUGUCAGUGAUGCUGGCAGUGAUGUUGUGCCUUUACCUAGUGAACCAAUAGAAACAAGUGCAGAAGAUGAGGUUCAAGAAAAUCAAGCACCUGCUGAAAAAGAGAAGAUGCAAUGUGAAGCACCACCUGAAGUAAAAAGAACAAAGCGAGUCAGGAAGCCCAGAAACAAGCAAGGGAGUGAUCAUCAGCUUUGUAAGAAAGUUUGUGCUGAAGAACUGAGCUCACAGAAUGAAAGCUCAUCAAAAUCACUGGAAGAUGUUAGCAAUGAGUGCAGAAAACCUGCGGACCUUGCUGCUCAGGGUGUAGAGGCUGACAGCGAACCAGUGGGAAGUGCAAAAAAUCAUUCUGACAAAGAAGUAGUAAUUCAGAAAUCUAAAGGCAAAAAAAAUAAAUCUGGAAAGAAUUUGAUAAUGAAGGAAAACUGUGCAACUGAAUCAGCGAGUGCAGAAGAGUAUGGUACCCUGGAUUUUUCUAAGGAAGAACUAAUUCGUGACAUGCAUCUCAAAAUGAAGCCUAUAUGCAAUGCCUGUGGUAAAGUCUUCUCUGAGGCCAGUAGCUUACGUAGACAUAUGCGGAUACAUAAAGGUGUUAAGCCCCACGUCUGUCAGCUAUGUGGAAAAGCAUUUACACAGUGCAAUCAACUAAAGACACAUGUCCGCACUCAUACAGGAGAGAAGCCUUACCACUGUGAUGUGUGUGACAAAGCAUUUGCACAAAAAUGUCAACUGGUCUUCCACAGCCGUAUGCAUCAUGGAGAAGAGAAACCCUACAAAUGUGACUUCUGCAGCCUACAAUUUGCCACAUCUAGUAAUCUCAAAAUACACUCCAGGAAACACAGUGGGGAGAAGCCAUAUGUUUGUGAUAGAUGUGGGCAGCGCUUUGCCCAAGCCAGCACAUUGACAUACCAUGUGCGGCGUCACACAGGAGAGAAGCCAUACAUCUGUGAUACUUGUGGAAAAUCCUUUGCUGUCUCUAGCUCACUCAUCACACAUUCUCGAAAGCACACAGGAGAGAAGCCAUAUAAGUGUGCCACUUGUGGAAAAAGCUUUAUUUCUUCUGGAGAACUUAAUAAGCAUAGCAGAUCUCAUACAGGUGAGAAGCCUUUUGCUUGUGAACUGUGUGGAAAUUCUUACACAGAUGUAAAGAAUCUGAAAAAACAUAAAUCCAAAGCACAUGGUGUGGAAAGAAACGAGAGUGGUAACGUGAGUUCAGGAGUUGUUAGUGAGGGAGACACCAGGGAGAAGGCUGCCUCACAGGACUCAACAGAAUUGAAAGCUGAAGACAUUCCACUUGCCCUAUCUCUUCCAGUGGCUAAUGAAGAUCAUCAGCUGCUCCUGACAACUGCUGAUGGUUCCACUAUCUCUUCUGAUCAGUUACUCAGAACCACUGUGACUGCUAGCUAUUCAGAGUCCCAUUUCAUCUUUCUGCAGCAGCUCUACUGAACUGCUCUGUCAAUUAGAACUUAAUCUGUUGUAUUUGGAAUACUUAUAUGCCACACAUUCAGUUAUUUUAUUUGAAACCGUUUUUAACAGUGAUGCAAUGGAAAAUGUAUUUUGUUUGCAUAUUCUUGUACAGAAUAAAAUAUUUGUCAAUAAUUUAGUAAAAGAAAUAAGCUGAAGGAAAUCUGAAA